CCUUGUCCUCUGUCCAAGAUGGCUGCGUCCAUGGCGCGGCGCUUGUGGCCUUUGGUGGCUGCUCGGGGUCUUCGGCCCCGGAGAAGCUGUGUCUGCAGCCAUAGCCCAGGGAGAACUUUUGCCACGGAGAAACAAGGCCGGAACCUCCUGUACGAGCACGCGCGCGAGGGCUACAGCGCGCUCCCUCAGCUGGACAUGGAGUCGCUGUGCGCAUGCCCGGAAGAGGCCGCGCGCGCCCUGCGGCUCCGCAAGGGGGAGCUGCGGCCGGAAGACCUGCCCGCGAUCAUCUCCACAUGGCAGGAGCUGAGGCAGCUGCGGGAGCAGAUCCGGAGUCUGGAGGAGGAGAAGGAGGCUGUGGCUGAGGCAAUACGGGCCCUGCUGGUAAACCAGGACAACGGUCAAGUACAGCAGGUACUACAGGGGGCUGGCUCCAUAUUUGGUUCUGCUUUCUUCUCGUUCCCAGACCAACUUUCUCCUCUUAGAGAAAGGGGAGCCAGGCUCGAGGAGCAGUUCUUCCUGCAGGCGCUGAGGCUGCCCAACCGGACCCACCCGGACGUGCCCAUUGGGGACGAGAGCCAGGCCCGAGUGCUGCACGUGGUCGGAGACAAGCCAGCUUUCUCCUUCCCACCCCGGGGCCACCUGGAAAUCGCCGAGAAACUCGACAUCAUCCGUCAGAAGCGCCUGUCCCACGUGUCCGGCCACCGCUCCUACUACCUCCGUGGGGCUGGGGCCCUCCUGCAGCACGGCCUGGUCAGCUUCACACUCAACAAGCUCGUCCGCCGGGGCUUCACUCCCAUGACAGUGCCAGACCUUCUCCGAGGAGCUGUGUUUGAAGGCUGUGGGAUGACACCAAAUGCCAACCCAUCCCAGAUUUACAACAUCGACCCCUCCCGCUUUGAAGACCUUAAUCUGGCUGGGACAGCAGAGGUGGGGCUUGCAGGCUACUUCAUGGACCACUCCGUGGCCUUCAGGGACCUGCCCAUCAGGAUGGUUUGUUCCAGUACCUGCUACCGGGCUGAGACAGACACAGGGAAGGAGCCAUGGGGACUGUAUCGAGUACACCACUUCACCAAGGUGGAGAUGUUUGGGGUGACAGGCCCUGGGCUGGAGCAGAGCUCACAGCUGCUGGAGGAGUUCCUGUUCCUGCAGAUGGAGAUCUUGACGGAGCUGGGCCUGCACUUCCGCGUCCUGGACAUGCCCACCCAGGAACUGGGCCUUCCCGCCUACCGCAAGUUUGAUAUCGAGGCCUGGAUGCCAGGCCGCGGCCGCUUCGGUGAGGUAACCAGCGCAUCCAACUGCACAGACUUCCAGAGCCGCCGGCUACACAUCAUGUUCCAGAAGGAGGCUGGGGAGCUACAGUUCGCCCACACGGUGAACGCCACGGCUUGCGCCAUCCCCCGCCUCCUCAUCGCCCUCCUGGAGAGCAAUCAGCAAGAGGAUGGCUCGGUCCUCGUGCCCCCUGCCCUCCAGCCCUACCUGGGCACCGAUCGGAUCACGGCCCCCACCCACAUGCCUCUCCAAUACAUCGGCCCCAACCAGCCCCAGAAGCCCAGGCGCCCGGGCCGGCCUGUUUCGAGCUGAGAACUCACCCUCAUCAGUCAGCAGGGCCGUGGCUGCUUCCUGGAGCUCGGGGGACCCUGGAAGCCCGGGACCUAUUUACCUGAGCAGAGUCCUGACAUCUGCAUUCCUCGUGUCGGCUCUGUCCCUGGACCCCUUCCCUACUUCCCCAGAAUCAGCCAGCGACCCCGUCACCACUGACGGUCCCAGCCUGCACCAGAAAGCAGGACAUCUGGGGACUUGAAGGUUGUAGGGAUGAGGGGAGGAGAGGAAGAAGCCUCCAACCCUCCUUCCUCCUUCCCUCCCUCAGUACUUAGCAGGAAGUCCCCAAUAAAUGGUCA